GGGAGGCCCGGGCCCUGGCGAGGGCGGCGGCCGGCGCUGGGGCCGCGGCAGCAGGAAGCCGGAAGCAGCCGCGGCCCCAGCUCUGGAGACAUGGCCGGCGUUAAAGCUCUUGUGGCUUUAUCCUUCAGCGGGGCUAUCGGGUUGACUUUUCUUAUGCUGGGAUGUGCCUUAGAGGAUUAUGGCGUGUACUGGCCCUUGUUUGUGCUGAUUUUCUAUGCCAUAUCCCCCAUUCCUCACUUCAUCGCCCAAAGGGUCACAUAUGACACUGAUGCGACCAGUAGUUCCUGCCGGGAGCUGGCAUACUUCUUCACUACUGGAAUUGUUGUUUCUGCCUUUGGAUUUCCUGUUAUUCUUGCUCGUGUGACUGUGAUCAAAUGGGGAGCCUGUGGCCUUGUGCUGGCUGGCAAUGCUGUCAUUUUCCUUACAAUUCAAGGUUUUUUCCUUGUAUUUGGAAGAGGAGAUGAUUUUAACUGGGAGCAGUGGUAGCCCUUUAUUCUGAUAAAAUGCAUUGAGUUUCUUAGAAUUUAUAUUAUGUGUACACACAUGGGCACAUGUGGUGUUUUACGAUGGAAUUUAAUAUGCUGAAUUUUUUUUAUACCUUUCUAUCAUGAUCAUUUUAAGGAAGUCUUCCCGAGACUUAGUUUUAUUCCCAGAAAAUAGACUUUGUCAUUUUCAAAGUGAAAUGAUGUCAUUUGUUCACACAGUCCUGACUCUCAGGAAAUAUAUUAGUACAGUCUUACAGACAGCUGUGCACUGUGGCAUCUGUCUUCUUGCCCAGCCCUGGCAUGGGUAGGCAGGUCUGUUUAUGUGCUGCAGAGCCUUGCAUUCCCAAGUAUGGUCUACAUGGCAAGGACAUCCACUGCUCUCAGAAGCUUAUUUAAGAUGCAGAAUCCAAAGCCCCACCCUGAACCCUGUGUAUUUUAAUGAAAUCCAAAGUGGAUCAGACACACAGAAAAGUUCAAGAGACACUGUCACCAAGGAAAAAACCUGACAGUCCACUGAUUUCUUGUCUUCCCCUUGGCUGAACCACUUCACCUCUGUGGGUGUGACCUGCUCAUUUACAAAAGAUGUUAUGAGGAGACCAAGUUCACACUGUCUUCAAUGUUUGUGAAAUGUUCAACUCUGUAAUUUACAGACGGUCACCCUUGUAGAAAGUCUUCUCAGGGGGUAACAUGUACUGCCCUCCCAUCAUCUCGAAGGCAGGGACUGUUAGCUGAGGUGCCUCACUGGGAUGCAAGGGAAGGGGGCUGAGCUGACUCAGAGGCUGCAUUAGCAGCUAGGAGAAAGAACAGAUAGAUCCUGCUUUCUAAGUUGGCUUUCCAUCAUGACAUUUAUCCCCUGUGUCAUCCCACCCACACUCCUCAGUGGGUCCUGAUGCUCUUACCUUCUCCCUGGAAAGCAAUGGGAGCCAAAUGAGCAGGUGGGAUGAAAAG